CAUAAAUAUUGCAUAUGUAUGCAAUAUGUAUGUCCAAAAUUACAACAUACAUAUUGCAUAUAUAUUUUCAAUAUGUAUGUUUUAAUUUUGGACUACCAUAUUAAACUUGAUUAUCAUUUUUAGUUGUUUUAAUGGAAGGCAUUUGAACAUAUUUGAGGUUGAUUACGUGAACGCAUGGAUGCAGUUGCUGGGCGUGGUUGGUGUCAGAUUACCAGGUAGGUACAAGUACUUAUCAACAAGCAGUCAUGUCAAGGUGAGCUGGAGAACCAGCUGGUGUGGGGACUUGACCAAUUUCGUCUAGAAACACAAAGCUUGUUCGGUCAAGAUGAGAGGACGUUACAAAAUGCUGGAGGGCAAGGAACGAGUGUACAGAAGAGCCAAAACCGGCGCUCAUCCAGUUUCUCAGCCGCGGGGUGCUGCAGUGCACAUUGCAGACUCGGAUACGCUCACCCUGAAGGCUGGUGAAACAAGUACAGUUCCAGAGCAUUGCAGUGAAGAUAAUAAGAAGGUAUAUCUUGGAGUACGUGUUAAAAUGCCUGUCAAGGAUCUGCUUCGGAACAUCCGUAUGGCCCAGGGCAGAGACCCACAAGAUCUUCAGAAUCUGCGCAGCAAAAGAGUUCAAGGGGACAAGAAACGAGUUAAAAUUCACACAGCAAAUCGAACAAGCAAGAGAAAACGCCCCACCAGUAGCCUGGAGGAGCUGGCAAUCAUUGUCGAAGUGUUGGAGGAGGAUCUGAGGACCGGCACCACAAACAGUUCCCAGAUUCAAAUUUCCUCUCUCAGCUCACCGGUGUCACCUGCAUACAGUUUUGAGCCAAAUGGCACAGGGUACAACAGUGAUGUGUCUGACGAAAUCAUCCCCAGCCCACCUUCCCAUACAAGUUACUCACCUGGGUUAGAGUACCACCAAAGGUCACCCCCUCCUGAUGCCAUGACCACAGGCUUCGAGCCCACAUUGACAACAGACAAUUGGUUCAAUAACUACCCACUGAGCAGCUCCGACUUCUUUUGGGCACAGCUCCAGAUGGAGGAGAUUCAACUGCGGGACAUCUCUGACGAAGCACUGCUGAUGGCUGAUCAACAUGGCCGAACUGCUUUCCAUACUGUGGCAUGUGACGGCAGGAGGACACUGACCUACGCAAUCGCAAAAAGGAUGGCUGCACUCAACAGCUUAGACCUAAAAGAUUCGGAUGGAAUGACUGCCCUCCUCCUUGCAGCCAAGCACAACCAUCACCUGAUAGUAGAGGACCUGAUACAAUUUGGUGCUUGUGUCAGUGAAAGAAACAACUCAGGAAAGUCCUGCCUUCACCUUAGUGCUGAGAAAGGUUUCAUCCGAGUUCUUGAGGUUCUAAAACGUGCUAUGAUGGAUGGUGUGUACAUUGAUGUUGAAGCCACCGAUAAGUAUGGAAUGAGUGUUCUUCAGUGUGCUUCGGUGGCCCUCAAGGUGACAUUGCAGCAACUAGAAAUAAGCAAGAGCCUCAAUCAAACCAGACUCCACAUGCUCCGCAAGGAACAGCUCCUAGAGACCCUGGAGUGUGUGCUGCAAAUGGCUAGCUACUCUCAUACCAUGGGGGCCUUGGGUAUGAACGCUUAACCCACAGGAUGUCACCUGGUAAAGACCCGACGGUAAUGGUCCGAGUAUGAACAGGCUUGGUUUGUGAUAAAGACUACCAUUAAUAGUGUAUUCUCCCAUGAAUCCAGUCAUGUUAUGUAGCGCAUCUAAGGUUGUGUUAAUUUAAAUAUCAGAUUUGGAAUCUGGUCUUUUAAAUUCUUCACUACGUUUAGGUGCCCAUUUGGUCGGUUUCUGUGAAACUUAAUGGUUUGCUACGUUUGAGUAACAACUUGCCUUCAGUGUGUGAUCCAAUUUUAUGGAAUGCUGCUUUUACAUAAUGUUGUCUCGCUUUUAUGUGGUAUGUUGGUGUACUAUGUAACUAGGAACUACUGCUUUUGGGUCAAGGUACAAAUCCAACAAAACAGUCAUUUCUACCGCUAACCAUGUACUGUACUAUCCCAAACAAACAUCUCAAAUCCUUCGGAGUAGAUGAGUUAGUACAGUAUAUAUGACUUUCAACAAUUUGACAUAAGCAGACAGUUUAAUUGACUAUCUAAAUAACAUUAAUUGAACUCAUAAUGCUGGUUGGUACAGUUCUGGACAUUUUAUAACCGUGUCAAAUACCAUUCAAUUUCAUGAAGUUGACGAGAUUGCAUUGCUGUUUCUUCACCCUCAUCCAUUUUUAUUAUUUGCUACAAUUUCCAUCAUGGCUAAUCUUGAUAUACAGCAGAGCUAAUAGAUCUACAACCAUAAUGCUGGAUCGUGAUCAUACAUUUGUAAAAGAAGGCAUAAUACUGUGUGUAAAAUAUUAGCAUUAGUUAGCAUUAAUAUCAUUUUUGUAAUUUAAUUGGGAAUUGUAUGUUUGUUGCUCAUUUACAACUGUCAAACAGUUAAAGACACUUUUGGACUAAGAGCACACUUUUUAACAUUGUUAUGUGAUACAUGAGCGAUUACCAACACCUUUGUCUGCCUACAAUGCAAUAAUUUGAAGUUGCUUUUGAAUCUUUUAUGACAUUUUGAUUUAAACAGUAUCGGUAUUUGUACCAAAUUAUUACUAUUAUAACUAGAAGUUGGUUUCAUUGAUUUUCUACGAAAGGACAUAUUUGUAAGCAUGUUUUAUGAGAGCAUAAAGACAAUCUUUUGAUUACUGGGAUUUUGGCAUAACUAUUAAUUUGUUAUCAUCAUUAGAUGGUAUUGUCAAGUUGAAUUUUAUUUUGGCAGGUAUAAAAAGAAUGCAGGAUUGUUUUAUGUAUUAUAUUAUUAUUUUCUGUGACAAUGACUCUUAAGUGAUGU